AUGUCCAUCGUUAACACAACAGAAUGUAUAAUUUGUUAUAAUGAAUACGAUACUGAUUCACGCAAACCGUGCAUCGGAACAUGUGGACACUCGAUUUGUGAACGUUGUAAACAUCAGAUGGUCUCCACAAAAUGCCCGCAGUGCAACCGAAAGGAAGCUUUUGCAAUUACCACCAUCAAUUAUCAAGUUUUGGAACUGAUUAAGCACUUCAAGAGCAUGAAAGCGAGCGGAUUAGACGAUGGUCUCGACAAAGGAACAUGUUGUGAAUGUUCACUUAGAUCUCGAAAACUUCGACUUUGUAUCCCGUGUGCAGUGAAAGCAGGGAUAUUGAAACAUGACGGAAUGAAGAAGGAGUUUGUCUUGAAUAUCGAGAAUGAUGAUGUAGGAGCAGCUCUGCAGAGAGCCAAAGGAAUCGCAAUUUGUGCAGAUUGUGCACUCGAUGGAGUUAAACACAAAGGCCACGAGAUCUUGCAAUUGGCUGUUUUAAGAAACAAUUUGGAAGGCAGAAUACAUGAAGACGUCGAAUCACAGUGCAAGAAACUGAUUGAUAAAUUCAAGGGAGCAUUUAACUCCCUGAAAAAAUACUUUGAAAGAUUCCAUCAAUUGCCGGCAUCUGAAAGACAAAUACAGUUCAAUAAUAUUGAAACCAUCCUGGAAAAACUCAAUGAUACAAUUAGUGAAGUGAAACAGGAUGGCCACUCAGCUCAGCAAUGCACAGUUUUGCAAUCGAACAUUGAAGACAGAGACACGACUAGUUUAAAAGAGAGAAUCGAUCAGCUGCAAAAUAUCGGUGGUCAAACUGUUCUGGAUCUACAAAAUACGUUUGCAGAUACGGUUGAAAUACUCAAAAAUAAACGUGUUGAAUGCAACGCAUCACCGACUGAAGAGAGAAAGAAAGAUCUGAAGGAUUAUGAAGAAAAAGUUGAACAAAUGUUAAAUAAUCUAUCGUCGGUUACAAAAAAAUUUGAUAUAUCUCAUCUGGUCGAUCCAGUUCUGGUUGCAGACACUUGGACGCCAGUCGACACAAUUCCAAAUCCAAAGCCUCACUUUGCGGUGGCGAGUUAUGGAUUACAAAUCUACAUUAUUGGAGGAAUGAAUAAAGGGUCCUGGCUUCGAGAAGUUGAAUUGUAUGAUAAGAAUAACAAAUUGAGAAAAAAUUGUGCUCCAAUGAAACGUGGCAGAGCUCGUGGAUCUGCCGGAUUUCAUAACAACAAAAUGUAUGUCGUUGGAGGAUACAAUAGCGAUUAUAUGGAUUCUGUCGAAGUUUUCGAUCCGGAUCAUGAAACCUGGAAAGAUGGACCGUCACUUCAGAGACCUCGUGCGGAUGGAGCUGUAGUUUCGUGUAAUGGAGAACUUUUUGUGCUCGGAGGAUUCAAUGAAAAGUGUUAUGAGGAGAAGAUCGAAAAACUGAUGGAACAGGCGCAAAAGUUCGAGAUAGUUGGGGAAAUGGAAGGAAGUCGAGCGGGAUUUGGUGCAUGCGAAUUCCGUGGAAGAAUUUACAUUGCGGGGGGAUGGAAUAGCUCGUGUAAUAUGUUGAGAUCUGUGAGAAGUUACGAUCCCAUAACUAAUUCGUGGAGAGAUGAACCAUCAAUGAAUAAGCCCAGAAAGUACUUCACUCUUCGUGCAACGAGUAACUCGAUUUAUGCUAUUCGAGGAUGUCCGGAUAAUUUCAGUCAGAACAACGAAAUUGAGAAGUUUGAUGUGGAAGGACAGAAGUGGGACCUCGUACAACAAGUCUCUAAAUAA